AUGAUAGGCCUACGGCCUUCCAGGUUCUUCUGGUCUCUCGUGGAGCGACCCCCCACGGCGGUGCCCGAGAUGCUGCAGCGAGCGAGCCAGUUCGUCGCCGCAGAGACAUGGACGGCCGGGAGGCGUGAAGAGCACAAGAGGGGCAAGUCAGAACCGCCCCGGCAGCAACAACCCGUCGUAUCCCGGCGUAGGUUAGAUAGAUCCAACCCGCCGACACCAAGGUCCCCUCUCCCCGCCUUGAACUCGUCCCGAACAGAAAUAUUUCUCCACAUAAAGGAGAAUGGACUACUCAAAGAUCCUCACCCGAUGAGGAGCCCGCGAGAGCUUGCAGACCGAUCAAAAUAUUGUCGCUUCCAUCGGCAGCAUGGGCAUGACACUGAACAGUGUUACAAGGAACUUUCGCCGCGCCCGGAGGGCCCUAUCGAGCGACACAUCGAUGUGAUAGCCGACGGCCCCGCGUCUGGCGGGGGCUCCAUGAUGGGAAGAAAGGCUUACGCCAGAGCCGCCCCGACCGAAGCUCACGGGAACGGACCCGAACCCGAGAUCACUUUCCCGACCGGAGCAUCCGAACAACCCGAGCACGACGACGCGCUUGUGAUAUCGGCCAGGAUCGCCAACGCGCAAGUAAGGAGGAUCAUGGUCGAUACCGGGAGCUCAACCGACAUACUUUACUUCGAUGCCUUCCAGAAGCUCGGCUUGGCUAGGGAGAACAUGAAGCCAAUGUGCUCGGCGCUCACCGGAUUCACCGGAGAUUCGAUCUUACCGCUGGGAGCUAUCACCCUGCCCUUAACCUUGGGGGCCCCGCCGAGGUCGAAGACAGUAAUGACCACUUUUCUAGUGGUCGACCUCCCCACCGCGUACAACGCCAUCCUCGGCCGACCAACCCUCAACAAGGUCAAAGCCAUCGUCUCAACUUACUACCAAACUAUCAAAUUCCCGACUCACGCCGGGGUCGGGGAAGUCACGGGAAGCCCCCGAGAAUCCAGGCGUUGUUACUUGACCGCCGUCUCGUUAAACAAGAGGGCGAGGAUCGAACCACCGCUGGAGGAUCCUCGGGAGAUGAAGAGACCGACCCCCCAUCCCGAGCCAAGGGAAUCCACCGUUGACUUGCCGUUGCUAGAAGAGCGGACGGCCGGAUCAGACGAUCAAAAUCGGGUUGGAGUUACCCGAGCGGGAACGAAAGCAGCUCGUCGGUCUCCUACAGGAAAAUGCCGACGUCUUUGCCUGGUCGCCAUCUGA